UGUGGAUGUCUCUUCCUCGUCUGACGCCGACCCAACGGUGGUGACAGGGAGUGGAGAAACGGUUGAGGGAGAUGGAUCACCCCAAACUCCUGAGGUGAGCAUGAGCUCUGGUGAGGAUGGGGAGACAACGGGAGGAACGGAUGCGCAGGGAGAGGAGGGAAUCCAUUCACAGGCCGGGGAAGUAAAGUCUGCGGCACUCAACAGCAGCCUCGGAAAUUCGUCGCAGGGGAAUAACAGCGAUGCGUGCAAUGUAAGUGGGAGUGGACUGCUGCCAUCGCUGCCAUCGCUUCUUCUGUUGGGACUGUGGGGGUUUGCGACUCAGUGA